GUGCGCUGGGAAACCUCCCUCCGGAUCCCGGCUCCCGGGCUGUAGGAGGUGGCUGGCUGCGCCUCACUGGGAACCAGCUCGCCUGGCGGGGCCACGUGACCCGCCGACGGGGCGGGGAAAGGCGCGCCCCGCCCCGCCCCGUCCCGCCCCGCACGCCUGCGCGCGGCUCCGGCGCUGAAAUUCAAAUUUGAACGGCAGCCUGAGUCCGAGUCCGACACUGGAAGCUGCGGGGAAGAGGCGAGCAGGUUGGGAAGAGUCUCCCAGCCCCGGACUCCUUGUUUUCUCCAAGUGAAACACUGACUCGGGACUCACUUUUCUUUUUCUGAAUUUGAACCGCCGUCUCUCCGUCGUCUCACAAUCGACACGCGAAGCCCGGGGCGAUGGACCCGUUUACGGAGAAACUGCUCGAGCGCACCCGUGCCAGGCGAGAGAACCUCCAGAAGAAACUGGCAGAGAGGCCCACGGCAGCGCCCAGGUCUGGGGCUCCUGCCAAGCGGGCCCGGCAGCCGCUGGCAGAAGCGAGUAACCAGCCGUCUGGGGCGGAAGAGAAAUCUUGCACAAAACCGUCACCAUCAAAAAAGCGCUGCUCCGACAACACUGAAGUGGAGGUUUCUAACGUGGAAAAUGAACAACCGGUUGAGCCAGCUCCUGCCGGACCUUGUUCUCCGAGUCCUGUGUCCCCUCAGGCACGGCCGCAGGCGCUAGCCCCGGCCAGCGGGUCCCCGCCCGCCACCCAGGCGUCUCUGCUCGGCCCGAGAAGAGGGCCGGACGCGGGACCGGAGGCGACGGCGGGUUCCUCGGUGAAGACGCGGAUGCAGAGACUGGCAGCCCAGCGGCGCCACUGGGCUGAGCAGGAGGACGGGACGGGGAAAAACGGUGAUGUCCCCGAAAGCCCGCUCACCGCAGCCGUGCCCGCAGAGGACAAGGCGGCCUCCCCGCCCAGACCGUCGGAAGCCUCGGCGACUCCGAUCGGGAGAAGGGGCCGUCUGGCCAACCUUGCUGCGGCCAUUUGCUCCUGGGAAGAUGAUGUCAGUCACUCAUCUGCAAAGCAGAGCAGCGCCCAGGGACAGCCUGGCACCACUUGUUUACCCACCGCUUCCUCUGCCAGCGGAGCAUCUGCUGGGCUCAAUAGCAGCAGUGUUAAGCAGGAAGCUACAUGCUGCUCCCCAAGGGAUGGCCAUGCCUCCUGGAAUAGAGGCCCGACCUCGAGAGCCGAGGGUGCGCCUUUGAUCAAGGUCGCAGUUUCCAGCUCUGCGAAAGCCCCCUCCCCUGUGAAGUCUGCCGCGCCCAUCCCUGGUGCCAGAAGUCUCGAGGUCCAAAGUCCCGAGCGGCGUCAGAAAGCUCCGGCCCGGCCCCUGGACACCGAGGCGUUGAGGCCGGUGGGGGGGUCCGCUGUGCCCCCGACGGUUCCGCCCGAGGAAGCAUUAAGCAGAGAAGGUCGUCUGCAGCCUCCGCUGAAAGACAAAUCUACAACACCAGGAGUCAAGCCUUUCCUGGAGCGCUUCGGAGAGCGCUGCCGAGAGCGCAGCGGAGAGAGUCCAGCCCGCCACACACCCCACCGGGCCCCCGUGGUCACGCCAAACACAAAGGCCAUCCAGGAGAGGCUGCUAAAGCAAAACACAUCCUCCCCCACGACCCAUGUGGCUCAGCGGCUCAGGCAGGAACGGGAGAAAGAACUAGCAUGUCUUCGUGGCCGAUUUGAAAAGGGCAAUUUAUGGAGUGCAGAAAAAGGCGAGAACUCAGGGAGCAAACCACUGGAAACCAAACAGGAAAUUCACUGUCAGAACACUCCCCUCCAGAAGCCUCAGGUUGUUCCAAAUACCCCGUCACUCCCAGCAGCAGGAGGGGACAGGCGACCAGACACCAGGACAGAGACGGAGAGGGGGGCAGAGCCCCGGAUGCCAGGAGGACCUCCCCGUGCAGAGCCUGCAGGUUUCACUGAGUGUGCAAUGACGAAGUCUAGCCCUUUGAAAAUCACCUUGUUUUUAGAGGAGGAGAAGUCUUUAAAAGUAGCGUCAGACCCAAAGGCCGCGCAGCAGAAAGAAGUGGUACGUGAAAUUGAGAUGAGCGUGGACGACGAUGACGAUAUCAAUAGUUCAAAGGUGAUCAAUGACAUCUUCGGUGAUGUCCUCUUGGAGGAGGGCGAACUGGACGUGGCGAAGAGCCAGGAGGAGGGGGACGGAGCGGCGGCCGAGGGCAGCGAAGACCAGGAGGACGCGCUGAACAUCUCCUCCAUGUCCCUGCUGGCUCCCCUGGUGCAGACGGUCGGUGUGGGGAGCCCCGAGGGUUCAGUUUCCUCGCCUGGACCGAAACUGAAAGACGGCAGCACCAGCGAUGAGAGUCCGAAGCCCGGCAAGUUCCAGAGGACCCGGGUGCCGCGGGCGGAGUCCGGAGACAGCCUCGGCUCCGAGGACCGGGACCUCCUUUACAGCAUCGACGCCUACAGAUCUCAGAGAAUCAAGGAGACGGACCGCCCUUCGAUAAAGCAGGUGAUUGUCCGGAAGGAAGAUGCUGCUUCCAAAUCGGAGGGGAAAAAGAAUGCCGAAGAAAAGGCUGCCUUUCCUUGUCAAGUUAACGUCAAACAGAAAACUCAGGAACUCAACAACGAGAUCAACCUGCAGCAGACGGUGAUCUACCAGGCCAGCCAGGCCCUGAACUGCUGCGUGGACGAGGGCCACGGCAAGGGCUCCCUGGAGGAGGCCGAGGCGGAGAGGCUGCUUCUGAUCGCAACUGAGAAGAGAGCGCUUCUGAUCGACGAGCUGAAUAAACUGAAGAACGGGGGGCCCCAGAGGAAGCACAGGGCCGCUCCCGUGGCCCAGGGUGCGUUCGCCCCGUCCAGAGGGUCGGUCACUUUGUCGGAGAUCCGGCUGCCCCUGAAGGCGGACUUCGUCUGCAGCACAGCUCUGAAACCAGACGCAGCAAAUCACUAUUUCCUAAUCAUACUGAAGGCAGGAGCCGAAAACAUGGUGGCCACCCCCUUAGCGAGCGCUGCGGGCUCCCUCAACGGCGAUGCUCUGAUGUUCCCGACCACGUACGCUCUGGAAGAUGUGUCCAAUGACUUUGAAAUAAAUAUUGAAGUUUACAGCUUGAUGCAAAAGAAAGAUCCCUCGGGGCCCGAUAAGAAGAAGAAGGCCUACAAAUCCAAGGCGAUGACUCCAAAGCGACUGCUCACGUCCAUAACCUCGAAAAGCUCCCUUCACCCUUCAGUGACGGCCAGCCCCGGCGGCCUCAAUGCCGUGCGCACCAGCAGCUUCACGCUUGUCGGGUCCCACACGCUGUCCCUGGCUUCAGUGGGAAACACUAAGUUUGCUCUGGACAAGAUAAAUUAUGAUGUAAAAGAGCGACAGCUACUGGGCUAUUUGUUCCAGGAAAAGGUGCCCUUUUUGUCUCCUUUGGAAGGUCAUAUUUAUUUACAAAUAAAAUGUCAAGUGAAUUCCAGUGUUGAAGAGAGAGGUUUUCUGACCAUAUUUGAAGAUGUCAGUGGUUUUGGAGCCUGGCAUCGAAGAUGGUGCAUUCUCUCCGGAAACUGUAUCUCGUACUGGACCUACCCAGACGACGAGAAGCGAAAGAAUCCCAUAGGAAGGAUAAACCUGGCCAACUGCACCAGUCGUCAGGUAGAACCAGCCAGCAGGGAGUUCUGUGCGAGACGCCACACCUUCGAGCUGAUCACGGUCCGGCCGCAGAGAGAGGACGACCGAGAGACCCUCGUCAGCCAGUGCAGGGACACGCUCUGCGUCACCAAGCACUGGCUGUCCGCGGACACCAAGGAGGAGCGGGACCUCUGGAUGCAGAAGCUCAACCAAGCGCUCGUGGAUCUCCGCCUCUGGCAGCCCGACGCCUGCUACAGGCCCCUCGGGAAGCCCUAGGCGGGGCGGUGCCCGUGCGCCCGGAGGGCGUGUCCGCGCCGUGUCCUGCGUGUGUCUGAAGAGCAUCAGACAGGCUGAUCGCAUUUUUUUUUUGCUUUAAAAAAAUGAAAGGGGAUGUGCCAAUAUUCACUACAUAUUAUGCAGUAUUUAUGUCUUUUGUAUGUAAAACUUCAGCUGAUUUGUCUUCUGUCCUUCGUAAAUAAUUGGAGGAAAAUUCGUUAUAGUUGAUUUUACUAAAUCGUAAUUUAAAAGUCUCAUUUUCCUAUAACUCUGAUUAUUCAGCUAUUCCUAAUAAUUUUUUUUUAAGUAAGAAAUUUUAAGUUGCCUUCUUGGUCCUGUAGUCUCAAAGUAGAGGGUCUUCAGGGUUAGAGGUCAUUGGUUCUGUAGCCUGAGUACUUACCCGGUGGGGUGGCGGUCCUUCAUCGGGUCUGUCGUUACCAGGGACCGAGACCGUGUCCGAGGGCCUCACGGGCACGUUUGCAGUGAUGGUGGUGAGGACCUUUCAAAUGACACGCACGCACAUUAGCUUAAAGCUCGCGGCUUCACACAGGAGGUGGGACUUGGGGGGUAAUGUGUAAGGUGUGGGGGUAAGUGUGUUGUUUAGAAGACUUAAUAAUCCUAUGGUUUACAUUUUCUCAGUUACUUUAGAUGCUGUGUGGUGUAGACUUUCAUAGAACAUAGGCUUUUAAAAGUCACGAUUUUUGCUGUAUAUCCUACAGACUCCUCACAGACACAUGGCGUGGUAGUUUUUCUCUGUUCUGGUAACAAGAACAGAUGUAAAUCCAAGCGCUUUUAUAUAAAACAAGUACACUUUAUAAGCUGCUGCGGACUAACACUUUGCUCGCCAAAGUUCUUGACUUUCUUACUUUUCAUGUUCAUAUAGGACGAUGUCCAGAAAUCCGUUAUGAAAUCAUUCGAAAAACUAUUAAGUAACGUAUUUCCUUAAAAGCCUAAUACUUUAUUCUUUAUUUUUUUUGGUUAUAAAAUAUUGUAAAGCAUGGUCUCAAACUUUUAAGUACACUUUGAAUUUCUUCGAAUUGUCAAAGUUAUCGAUGCUCUCAUUUAUAAACACUAAAUUCUGUCACCUGUCAUUUUAUCUUUUAUUGUUUUAAAUGUGUUUUAUGUGUAUUGUAAAAAUGUAUUUUAUGAUCUCUUACCUAAAUAAAUACUUGCAAGUGG